ACGAGCCAUUGAAUAACACGUUUUUGGUGCAUUCCCCUAUUGAGUUAUGAUAAUUAAUCUUUAUAGAAAAAUCCAUAUAAAAGGCAAUAAAAUUGAUUCAACUCCUCAGUACAGUUCAAUUGUCCACUGCAGCGGCACUAACAGUAAACAACAAAAAUCAAGCGUUAAAUUGACCUAAUAUGAAGUUGGUGGUAGCACUCGUCCUGGUGGUAGCAUCCGCCGUUGUUGUUUCCGCUGAUCAACCCCCGGCGCCCAGCCAUGAUGUACUGCAGCAGUUUCCUGUUCCGAGUGAUCCGGCCAGACGACCCGUGCCGCUCGCCACCGAGCCCGGGGACCAAAGCUCCCAGGAGAACAUGGAGGGUGCCGAGUCUCGGCACUAUCACCACAAGGGAGGCCGCAAGGGGGGCAAAAAGUGGGGCCGUUAGGAAAAGUGUUUAAUAUAACUUUACUGAGUUGAACAAAAUAUUUGGAACUUUAUGAUCAAUGGAUGAGUUAUGAAUAAAUUUAUAUCUUGAAAUAUUGCGCGUUUGACUUAGGCCUGCAUUUUAAUUACAUUGUUGGCUCAGUAAUUGCCCUUGACAAUGAAAAUAAAAACCGCAAAUUGCAAAGUAUUAUAUCACAUGGCAAAUGUCACUCAAUGAAAUCUAAACCACGCAGAUAUCAUCCGGAUGUGAGUAUAAAACUGGUGCAAAUGAGCUUCAUCCAACUAGUAAAGUGUCAGUCUUUCUUUUAGUAGUUGCGUUAAUUGUAUCGGAGCAAAAUGAAGAUUGCCCUCCUGUUCGUAAUCGGCGCAACGUUUUGCGUGCUGGCCCUGGCGCAGAAUGAAAACGACGAGCCCAGUUCAACGCUAACUGUGGACUCCACCAACCAACAGCCCGAUCCGGACAAUUCGGAUGCUACCGAUGAGGAAUCCAUGAACGUCGAAGAGAGUCGCUACUACGGAGGUGGCUGGCGAGGAGGACGACGAGGCGGCUGGAGACGGUGGGGAUAGAGCCGGUGGCUCGAGCAUUCAAGUGACUUCUUUUAUUACAUGAAAGCUGUUGUUUCGGUUCAGUGGAAAGGGCUUUUGAGAUUAUGAAUAAGUUAUGUGAUUAAAAAAUAUAAUUUUGUUUAUUUGUUAAACACGUCACGACACGUCAUUCAUUUCAAUCCCCAACUCUUCUAAGUGUUGAAGUGUUUUUUUUUAAAUAUUUAUUUUGAAUUUAAACUAGUGUUGGUAAAAAAAACUUGGCAGAGUUCUAUCAAACAAAACAUGUAGGCAAAUUAUUGACAAAGUUAUAUGAAAUAAGUCAAAUCGGUAUAAAAUUAGACGGCAUCGUGGAUUUCAAAAAUUGUAGUCAAUAAGUCUACGAUGAAUAACACGAGCUCUAACUUAAAACCUAAACAACGAUAAUUUCAUUAAAGUUCCGGUCUUCCAUGCUGGUGUUUUAUCAAAAUGUGUUGAAAUGAUUUCAUUUCGGGCAGCUUUAAUUAAAACUUCUCACAGGAAAUCCCCUGUUUUGGUUGACCGAGGUGCCAAAAAUUGGAAAACAAACAACGUUAGACAUAAAUACGCUUCACAAUUUAAAUUUCGCAUCAGUUGUUUUCCGGAGCCAGUUCUGGUGACAUUGGAUACAUUCUUGAGGAGAGACCAUUGAAACGGAAGAAGCUAUGUGGAAGGUAAUUUCCGUGAUUUGCGCGUUGCUCGCCGUGGCGCUGGCAAGUCCUAUUCCCCAGUUCGUGGUCGUCGGCAAUGGAGAUUUGGACAGUGCUGAGUCUGCUCAUGGAGGUUAUGGAGGUUAUGGGGGUUAUGGCGGCGGUUACGGCGGCUAUGGUGGAGGAUACGGUGGUUAUGGAGGGUUCCCGCUAGGUGGUGCAAUCGGAAUUGGAAUCGGAGUGCCAGUUUUAGGCGUUGGUUACGGCGGUGGAUACGGAGGGUAUGGCGGCUAUGGAGGCUACCAUCAUCAUCAUGGAUAAAUAUUUUGAUAAAUUGAUAGUUAAUAGAUCUAUACCUAGAAUUUAAUAAAUGUAUCUUAUUUAUUUAAAUAAAUCUGUAUUACAACUUGUAA